GACCCCUGGAAGCUUCGACAUUUCCGCCCCGGCCGUAGCUCGGAAAGCAAGCAACGGCUCACUUGAUUUGCUCGGGGCCCCAAAACCCUCGAGAUCUCGGCUGGUGCCUGGUGGAGUGGUGGUGUCCCCCUCCCCCCCCCCUUCGCGCGAGAGGGCUCCCCCGCCUCCGAAGCUUCGAUCUCGACUCCCCGCCAGCGAGCGGCUGCAGCGGCGGGUCCGAGAUGCGCCCCAACAUCAUCACCGAGGCUGGGAUUCCAACUAGGUUGAAUCAGUGGUGGAGCAGCAUUCCGUUCAUUACUUCUGGUGUUGUCUUGAUAUGUGGAGCAAUUUAUCUGCUGUGCUUGUUGGUUGGCUAUGACUCCUAUGAUGAGAUAUGCUUCUUGCCUUCUGCAGUAGCAUCACAGUUUCAAGUGUACAGGUUCUACACAUCUGUUCUCUUUCAUGGUUCUUUGCUUCAUGUGCUAUUCAACAUGCUUGCAUUGGUACCCUUGGGCACCGAGUUGGAGAGAAUUAUGGGAUCAGUCCGUCUCUUAUUCUUGAUGUUCCUUCUUGCAACAACAAAUGCAAUUCUCCAUCUCACAAUUGCUUUCUUGGUGGCUUACAAUCCUUUGUACCCUGUCGCUUAUCUUGUGAAUGAAUGCUCCAUUGGCUUUUCUGGAGUUAUAUUCUCAAUGAUUGUGAUUGAAACAAGUCUGAGUGGUGUGCAAUCGCGAAGUGUCUUCGGCCUCUUCAAUGUUCCUGCAAAAUGGUAUGCAUGGAUUUUGCUGGUACUGUUUCAGUUUCUCGCAAGCAAUGUUUCAUUGCUGGGGCACCUGUGCGGCAUCUUGUCAGGAUUUGCAUACACUUAUGGGCUUUUCAACUACUUGCUUCCUGGGCCAUCAUUUUAUUCUAAAAUUGAGGGCUUGUCAGCACUAUCUGUUUGUGUGAGGCGGCCUGGUUUUAUUCUAUGUACUGGAGGGACUACAUAUGGCCAGCUUCCUACAUACUCUAACACGUCUGCCGCACCAAGUGCUCUCAUAAAUGGAAAUUUCUUGAGAAAUAUAUCUUCAUGGAUGCCAAACAGGCAGAUAUCCACUGUUCAGGAAGGAGAAGACCCCAGGUUUCCAGGGAGAGCACGGACACUUGAUUCUGCAGGCGCUGAACCCGCUGCAAGGGAGGCAAGUGCAAAUUUGCAUGCGAGGUUGUUGGAUAACACAACUCCAAGUGAACCCCUAACGAAUUCACAGCAUACAGUUGCAAACACAGUCAGAGCUGAUGCAACGGUAACACCAGAUCAGGUUGAUACAUUCGAUGAAGAACUUAAGAAGCUGGUUGGGAUGGGUUUUGAAAAGACUCAGGCUGAAGUUGCACUUGCUGCAGCUGAUGGAGAUCCAAAUGUUGCCAUUGAGAUUCUGAUGAGUCAGGAGGGCUGAAGUUUAAUCGAACAGUACAAAUUCAAGGGAAGCACGGAUAUCGAGCCAAUUUUUUUCUUCUUAUGAAAGUUCAAAAGUUAGCUGUGAUUAGAAUCUAGGAAUGGAGCAUGUGGGGUGACUGGAUUGUGCUUUGGUGGUUGCUGAAAAGGAUGCCUGCAAUCAUGCGCAGCCUGGUUGUAUUUCUCAAGGCUGUCUCCAAAAUAUAUGUAAAGUAGAAAUUAGUGUUGGAGGUUCUGUCGAACUUUGACAUACGGACAAUCUGGAGAAUGCUGAAUUGAAUCCUAAAACACCUAGUGGUUAAUGAUAAUUGUCCCUCAAGUCUGGCCAGCUA